AAUAUUUGUUAAUAUUGACAGAUCGAGAGUUGGCUUUUUUUUUUACAUAUUAAAAGUAAAUUAUAAUUACUUUAUUAUUAAUAUACCUAAUAAUAAUAAUAUUGACUAAUGCUUUAUUAAUAUAUUAUGUUUAUCAGUGUUUAUACUAAUAUAGCUAUAAAUAAAAUUAAAUGAUAACAACAUUAAAUAAUAAAACUAUAGUAAUUUUGGAGGUUAUAGACUCGUUGUUUUAAGCUUUUACAACAGAGCAUAGCAUAGCAUAGCAUAGCAUCAUUGAAGAAAUAAUAAUGAACGGUACAAUGGCGAUGACAUCACCAAAUCACAACAAUACUGAGCCACCACCAAUGAAAAAAGCACGUAUUGAAGGCAAUGCAGCUGAUUUUAUAACUGGACCAAUAUAUGAUCUCAAUCAAACAGGCCAAGUUGUUGCUGGGCCAGGAGCAAAAUAUCAGACUCUUCCUGGAAUUCUUGGUGCUGGAUUACCAAAAGUAACAGCUGAUCAACAAGAUGCAUUGUCAAGAGCUAAAAAAUAUGCCAUGGAGCAAAGCAUUAAAAUGGUCUUGAUGAAACAAACACUUGCUCAUCAACAACAGCAAAUGGCAAGUCAAAGGAAUCAGGUGCAGAGACAGCAGGCUCUCGCCCUCAUGUGCAGAGUCUACGUUGGAAGUAUUAGCUUUGAGCUAAAAGAAGAUACAAUAAGACAGGCAUUUUUACCAUUUGGUCCAAUAAAAUCAAUCAACAUGUCAUGGGAUCCAGUUACACAAAAACACAAAGGUUUUGCAUUUGUUGAAUAUGAAAUACCAGAAGCAGCACAAUUAGCACUUGAACAAAUGAAUGGUGUUAUGAUUGGUGGUCGUAAUAUUAAGGUUGUUGGAAGACCAUCAAAUAUGCCACAAGCACAAUCAGUUAUUGAUGAAAUAACUGAAGAAAGUAAACAUUAUAAUCGUAUUUAUAUUGCAUCAAUACAUCAAGAUUUAACUGAAGAAGAUAUUAAAUCAGUAUUUGAGGCAUUUGGUCCAAUAACAUAUUGUAAAUUAGCACAAGGUAGUUCACCACAUCGUCACAAGGGCUAUGGUUUUAUUGAAUAUGAAACAAUGCAAUCAGCACUUGAGGCUAUUGCAUCGAUGAAUUUAUUUGAUCUUGGUGGACAAUAUUUAAGAGUUGGUAGAGCAAUAACACCACCAAAUGCAUUAAUGGGACCACCAAGUGGUACAAGUAUGAUGCCAACAGCUGCUGCUGUUGCUGCUGCUGCUGCAACAGCUAAAAUACAAGCUAUGGAUGCUGUUGCAAGUAAUGCUGUUGCACUUGGUUUAAGUAAAUUAACAAAUUCAACAUCACCAAUAUUAGAACAAUCAAUACCAAUUAUUGUUAAUCCAACAACUCCAACAACAACAACAAUAAUACCAACAACAACAACAGCAGCUAUAACAACAACAUCACCAUCAUCAUCAUCAUCAUCACCACCAACAACAACAACAUUAUCACCACCAACAACAAUUAUGGCACCACCAGUUAUUAUGGCAUCAACAAUAUUACCAGUAACAAUACCACCACCUGGUCUUGCAAUACCACAAACAUUAACUAGACCACCAGCAAUAAUACAGGCGCCUGUACUUGGACAAUCUGUUGUUAUACCACCACCAGUUGUUGUAACACCAACAAUUGUUGGUGCACCAUUGCCAAUUAAUAAUUCUCCAAUAAUUGAUAUUAAUAAACGUGUACAUGAACAAGCAGCUCAUUUAAAACAACAAGAAGAAUUACAAAAAAAAUUACUUGAAGAAACAGAACCACAGACAUUACAACAACAAGAAAAUAUGUCAAUUAAAGGACAAAGUGCACGUCAUUUAGUUAUGCAAAAACUCAUGAGAAAAGUUGAAUCACGUGUUGUUAUUUUGAGAAAUAUGGUUGCACCAGAAGAUGUUGAUGAAAGUUUACAAGAAGAAAUACAAGAUGAAUGCUCUAAAUUUGGUGUUGUUGAACGUGUUAUUAUAUACAAUGAAAGACAAUCAGAGGAUGAUGAAGAUGCUGAAGUUAUUGUUAAAAUAUUUGUUGAAUUUUCACAAAUGUCGGAGGCUGAAAGAGCAAGAGACUCUUUAAAUGGUCGUUAUUUUGGUGGUAGACUUGUAAGAGGUGAACUAUAUGAUCAAGCAUUAUUUGAUCACAGUGAUUAUUCUGGCUAAUAAUAGAAAAAAAUGAAAAUAAAAAAAAAAAACAUCACUACAAUAUUAUAAAAUAAGGGUUACAUUU